UGUGCGGGGAUCUGUGCGGGUCUGUGCGGGUCUGCGGCCCGAUGGAGGACCUCAGAGACCUGGUGCAGCGUCCGUCCAGGAAGCGCCGGGACUCCUUCGGGAUGUUGGACGGUUUGGACGAGGACCGGAGCAGCUGCAGCACAGAGUCCAGCGGCGGCAGCGGAGCGUCCAGCCCCGAGGACAGUGAAGACGAAGAGUUGGGAGGAGGAGGAGGAGGAGGAGUGACUCAACUCAGUGCCACCUCCUCCUCUUCCUCCUCCUCCUCCUCUUCCUCCCUGACGCUCAUCAAGACCAACGGGCAGGUCUACACGUAUCCUGACGGCAAGGCCGGCAUGGCGACGUGUGAGAUGUGUGGAAUGGUCGGAGUCAGAGAUGCUUUCUACAGCAAAACCAAACGUUUCUGCAGCGUCUCCUGCUCCAGAAGUUUCUCAUCCAACUCCAAGAAGGCCAGCAUCCUCGCCAGACUGCAGGGGAAACCUCCCACGAAGAAAUCCAAGGUUCUUCACAAACAGCCUCUGAUGACCAAACUCGCUGCCUACGCUCAGCAUCAGUGCCACCAGCAGGGCGGCGCCAGAAAGAGCGUCCCUGUGGACAUGUUUGACUGGCCUCGUUACCUUGGAGACGGGGGGGCGAUGGGGGCGCCGGUCAGCUGCUUCAAACAUGUCCCGAUGGGGAAGUCGUGGGACGACGUCAGUGAAGGAGUUCGUGUUGAAGUCCCAAACACGGACAGUGGACUUCCCCUGAAGGUGUACUGGAUCGCUGGCAUCAUCAAACUGGCAGGUUUCAAAGCGCUGCUGAGGUACGAAGGCUUCGACAGCGACUCCACCAGAGACUUCUGGUUGAACCUGUGUGUGCCGGACAUCCACCCGGUGGGCUGGUGUGCAGCGGGGGGGAAACCGCUGGUCCCGCCCCAGACCCUCGUGCACAGGUUCAACAACUGGAAGAGCUUCCUCAUCAAGAGACUGACGGGAUCCAAGACCCUGCCACCGGACUUCUGCUCCAAGGUGCAGGACAGUUUGCAGUUUCCCUUCAAGAAGCAGAUGAGGCUGGAGGUUGUGGAUAAGACUCAUCUGUGUCGGACUCGGGUGGCUCUGGUGGAACAGGUGAUCGGCGGACGCCUCCGUCUCGUCUACGAGGAAUGUGACGACGGGACGGACGACUUCUGGUGUCACAUGAACAGUCCUCUGAUCCACAGCAUCGGCUGGUCUCGGUCCAUCGGACAUCGCUUCAAACGCUCCGAUGUGCUGAAGAAGCUGGAGAGUCCGGUGGACGCUCCGGGGAAGCUGUUCACCAAGGUGAAGGAGGUGGAUCAGAGCGGCUCGUGGUUCGAGGACGGGAUGAAGCUGGAGGCCAUCGACCCGCUGAACCUGUCGGCCAUCUGCGUGGCCACAGUCCGGAAGGUCCUGGCUGACGGGUACCUGAUGAUCGGGAUCGACGGCUCGGAGGCGGCAGACGGUUCCGACUGGUUCUGUUAUCACUGCACCUCGCCCUCCAUCUUCCCCUCCGGCUUCUGUGAGAUCAACCUCAUCGAGCUGACUCCCCCCAGAGGUUACUGCAGUCUCCCGUUCAGGUGGUUCCAGUAUCUGAGGGACAGUAAAUCUGUGGCUGCUCCGGUCCACCUCUUCAACAGGGUGAGUCGUGACGCUUCAUGUUCUUUAACCAAGAAUCUGUUCUCACUUCCUCCAUCUUUCCUCCGUCAGGACGUCCCCGACCACGGCUUCCACCCGGGGAUGAAGCUGGAGGCCGUCGACCUCAUGGAGCCGCGGCUGGUGUGCGUCGCCACGGUAACACGCAUCGUCCACCGGCUGCUGAGGAUCCACUUCGAUGGCUGGGAGGACGAGUACGACCAGUGGGUGGACUGUGAGUCACCUGACCUGUACCCGGUCGGGUGGUGUCAGCUGACUGGAUACCAGCUGCAGCCGCCUGCUGCUGUCGCAGGCUCCAGAGAAUCACACUCGUCCAAACAGAGGAAGAAAUCCCAGCAGUACAAGGGACAGAAGAAGAAGAGGAAGCUGCCCAUCGCCAAGCGACCCGUCAGUCUGUCUGGCGCCGUGGUAACGGGCGUCCCUAGGAGUCUCUCUGGAGACGAGAAUGAGACUCCGCCAGAUUACCCCUCCCCCCCCAUCCCCCCCUCAGCAGCUCCAGCCCUGUCUGCAGGUCCAGAGAACAGCCCCCACACAGAGGGGGGGGCAGGUUCACACGUUAGAGACGAGAUUCGUCCCGAGACGACUGAAGCAGAAACCAACGGAUCCUCUGGAGAAUUCUUCAUCAACCAGGACGAGUCGUAGGCCUCCUCAUCCUCAGUGGAGGAGGUCAGAGGUCAUCCUCUCACAUCAGCUCUACACUCCAUUGUGUUGGAAUGUGCAGUUUACAGACACAAAGAAAAACAUACAAUCCUCAUGAUGCACUGUACGUAACUCAUCAGUUUUUAAUCCAUGUCCCAUCUGCUAACAUGGAGGAGGAGGGGAUCAUUUUUGGAGCCGUCAUGUUUAUUGACAGACUCUGAUUCUCACACUUGAGUUCCAACAAACCAAAUCAACACUAAUCCGACAAGCAGCUUUAAUCGGACACCACCAAGCUAACGAGCUAGUUAGCGUGCUAGAACAAGCUAGUUAGCAUGCUAACGGGAGAGAAUGAAAGGAUCUAGGGUUGGAGAUUAAAGAGAUUUAAGAGUAAAUCUCAUUCUCCCUCUUUUAGAUUUUAAUCAAGAAUCGUUUCACGUGAAGGAAAAAACGACUCGUCGGAGUUUAACUGGAAAACAAAAUACAGAAGACGAGAAUGUGACGGAGUUUGUUCCUCUGAGAAAAGAAAUGAAACAAGAAAAAUACAACAAGAUGGUAAAACUUUUCUACAAUGAUUUAUAAUAUCUAAGAUCUUUAUUUGUUCGUGUUUCAGUGUUUGAAAGUUAAAACUUUAAUAAUAGAACAUGUAGCUGUAUAACGUCAUAUAAUGUGUGUGUGUGUGUGUGUGAGAAGCGUGUGAUAUAUGUUUUAUACUAAAACUGUACAAUAUGAUAUUAGAAUCAUUUUUCGUGUAAGUCAGGAAAAUACGGAUAAUUAUUAAAAAGUCUCAGACUGAGAAUUUGUGUCCAACUUAAAUGAAACAUUUGUGUUAAAAAACAAAAGUGACACAUUUUCCGAUAGAAUUAAUUUCACCAAAUCAUCGAAAUUAAAAUCUCCUGCAUCCUCAGACUGUGACAGAGACAAAGUUACAUAACUUGAUUUUAUUUAUAUAUUUAUUAUUUAAAAAAUAUAAACCCAGACUUUUUAAUGCUCAAUCAAAAAUUGGUUAAUUCAGUAAUUUAGUUCCUCGUUCGAUUUAAUCUGCAGCAGUGAGAAGAAAAGAGAAAAUAUUCUGUUGCAGAACCACCUCUCAGUGACCAGCAGAGGGCGACACGUUGUCUAAAGAAAAAAGUUCAUAUUAGUUCAAAAAGUUGAAAUAACAUCUUCCAUCUCUAACUUUUCGUAUUUCAUAAACAUUUAUUAUUUGUCAUCAUUUGGCAAAAAAACGAUAUAAUGGAGAUAAUUUUAAGAACAUGGUUUGUAUUUGUACAUUUGAUUAAAAGAGAAUUGUAUGAAAACGUUUUCACAUUCUAACAUUAAACUAAAUUUAAAAAGAAGUUUAACAACUAAUGAAUAGAGCCAAUAUGAUUUUGUUCAUAUUGUCAUCAAGCUGCAGAUUCACAAAAAGAGAAGAAUAAAAUAAAACAAAUGUUUCAUCAGAUUCUUCUGCGUCGCUGACGCUCGGAGCUGAAACUCACUUUGAUUUAAAAAAUCAAAUGUGAUUCAAUGUGAGUUAUGUAAAACAUAAAUAAAAAGCAAUGAUCAUAAUUAACGUAUUCAUCUCGGAAGAUAUGUACGCCCAUUUCUGACGCAAAUAUAAAAGAAAUGUGAAGAUAUAUAGAGCAUUAUACAGACUAACGUAAUUAUAUAAAUAUGACAAUAUUAAAAGAGAAAAUUCUGACUAAUAAUUUCAAAUAUUUUACAUGUUAAAUAUUUUUUCAUCUCAUAUAAUGAAACUAAUGUCUUGUGUUUUUAUUUCCUUUAGAUUCAUGCAUAGUUUUUCUCAUGGAAAUGUGCUUCUGUAUCACAUUUAAGAAUUCUGAUCUAAUCUGACUAAACAGAUUAUUCUGAUCUAAUCUGAUCUAAUCUGAUCUAAUCUGAUCUGAUCCAUGUGCAGCGCUAAGAAAAUGUCUUCGGCUCCUGGAGAAAAUCUCUUUAAAGGAUCAUCAGUUUUUUACAGUGUCGUCUGUGUUUGUAGUGAGUUUCCACUAACGUCUAUAAUAAGUGUAUUUUUUGUAUUACGGUGCUAAAUAUAGAUGGAAUCACAUGUUUGAUAAUGUUUGUAAUGAUUUUGACGAAUCGUCUGUGACUCGGUGAAGACGCUGUUGCUGCUGUUCGCAAUAGAUUUUCUAUAAAGAGAAAAGUAGCGAGGAAGUUUCCGAUGUUUCGUGUGAAGGCUGCAGGAUUUAACAAGUUUUAUAAAAUGUUUGUGAGUUUUAACGUGAUUGAACGACUGUGGAGGACAAAACAGACAAAAUGAAGAUUUGAACGAAACUGUUGACUGAAGCGUUUUAAACAGUUUGGUGAAGAUCGGGCCUCAAACAGCAGAUUUGACUGUGAAGGUAAAAACGGAUCUGAAGAAAACACGUGAACCUUCGGGUGCUUCUGUUCGAGAACGAUUUUAACAUCCUUUUUGUUCUGAGUUUUCCUGCAUUAUCAGAUAAAUCUGUAGAAAUGAGUCAAAAGAAAACCGAGACACACCGAGCAGAGGUUAAUGAAGCUGUUAAUGUCCGUGUUAUUCACGUGUUCAAGAUGUUUACUGAGCACAACACGCACAUGUUACAAAGAAUAUAGAGAAUUCAAUCUAUAUGGUAUUAAUGUAGUUAUGUGCUGAUGUUAACUUUCCUGAAGUUUUUUUUAAACAUUGUGAGAUUUGUUUGGCAGCAUGAUUGUAGAUGUAAAAUAAAUGACUUGAGACAUUUUCUACGAAAUAAAAAGAAAAUAUUGAA